AUAAGAUAAUUGAAAUUGUUGUAAGAAUUUUUAAUUGAAACUUAAAAGAAAACGAAACAUUAGCCCUAUUCGAUUCUCUGUGUCAUUUGAGCUCUCAUCUCUCAAACCGUAGCAGCCCUUCGUCCGAGUCCUCUCCAGCUAUCUUCGGAACAUGGCGAAGCAUCAUCCUGACCUGAUUAUGUGCCGGAAGCAACUUGGAAUAGCUAUUGGAAGGUUGUGUGAGAAGUGCGACGGUAAGUGUGUAAUUUGUGACUCUUAUGUGCGUCCUUGCACGCUUGUUCGGGUUUGCGAUGAGUGCAACUAUGGAUCUUUCCAGGGAAGGUGUGUUAUCUGUGGAGGGGUUGGAAUUUCUGAUGCUUAUUACUGCAAAGAGUGUACUCAGCAGGAGAAAGAUAGAGAUGGCUGUCCGAAAAUUGUGAAUCUGGGAAGUGCCAAAACAGAUCUGUUCUAUGAACGGAAAAAGUAUGGUUUCAAGAAAAGAUGAUCUUUAGCAGGUCAAGUUUCGUUUAGCUUCCGGAAAUCAUUUUGUUGUGUUCAUCAUUGAGGCUUAGGCUAUAUUACAUUCAGGUAUUUUUCUUAGGAAGCUUGCUUAUCCCUCCA